AUGGUGAGAUUCUCAAGAAUUCAGUGGCCUCUUCAGGUUGAAAUUCUUAAACCUGUCAAUUCAGUCAUUACUGCCAUUUCAGUGGCCGGCAAUUCCUUUCAUGGCAGUCUCCCAACCAACAUAGGUCUCACCCUACCAAAUCUGAAACUAUUAGCUAUUGGGGAAAACAAUUUCUCUGCAAACUUUCCCACUUCAGUCACCAAUGCUUCUGGGCUUGAGAUACUUGAUCUUUCCCAGAAUAAAGUUGCAGGCCAAAUUCCUACUAAUUUAGGAGAUCUAACAAAUCUUCAAUUAUUAAAUCUUGGUGCUAAUUUCUUCGGGAAUAAUUCUACCCAAGACUUGGACUUUAUUGCAUCAUUGACCAACUGCAGUAAUCUAAGAAUUCUUUCCUUGAGUGGCAAUAAAUUUGGAGGUAAUAUACCUAGAGUCAUGGCCAAUCUCUCAAAUCAACUCACAAAACUAUUCCUGGGGGGAAAUCAACUGUCAGGAACCAUUCCAGAAGGGUUUGGAAAUUUUGUCAACCUAUAUCUCCUUGGCCUUGAAUUAAAUUCUCUUUCAGGGGUCAUUCCAAGAGAUUUUGGCAAAUUACAAAAUUUGCAACAUCUGCAUUUUGACAAUAAUCAAUUUUCAGGACAAAUAGCCUCUACCGUAUGUAAUGCCAUCACUCUAUACUAUCUGGACUUAUCAUUUAACCAGUUUGAAGGAGGCAAUAUACUUGACAAUGUUUUUAUGAACUGUCAAAAUUUGCAAUAUCUGGAUAUAUCUCAUAACAACUUUACUGGAAUUAUAUCACCACAAUUUUUGCAGAUGCACUCAUCACUGAUGUACAUCAAAAUAGGUGAAAAUUCUUUUAGUGGGUCUCUACCUCCUGAAAUUGGAAAGCUUGUACAUUUGGUGGAUUUCAAUGUUUCGCACAACAAAUUUGUUGGAGCUAUACCCUCAUCACUUGCUGAUUGUUCAAAUCUGGCGAAUCUUUCCAUGCAGGCUAAUUUUUUCCAAGGAACAAUUCCACCAAAUUUGGCUUCUUUGAAGAGCAUCCAGCAAAUAGACCUUUCAAGUAAUAAUUUGACUGGAUCGAUGCCAAAAGAACUUGAGAAGCUUCAAUAUUUGAGGAACCUAAACCUUUCCUACAAUGACAUCGAGGGUGAGAUACCAAACACAGGGAUUUUCAGCAAUGCAAAUCAAAUAUCAUUGAUUGGCAACAACAAAUUCUGUGGAGGCAUUCUAGAAUUGGAGUUCCCACCUUGCCCAAUGAUUAAGGGGAAAAACAGAGAAAAGCUGAAGGUUGUCAUAUUGCUGUCCAUUGUUUUACCGGCAAUGCUUCUGGUUCUUGGUACAGUGAUUUUUUCUAGAAAACUUAAUUGGUUCAGGAAAUUUUGGAGCUGUCUACAAAGGAAGGCUAGAAAACAUAGCAACAAGUUUGUAGCAGUCAAAGUUCUUGAUCUUCAAAAGAACGGAGCUUCUAAAAGUUUUAAGGCCGAGUGCAAAGCUUUGAGAAAUAUUCGCCAUAGAAACCUCGUUUCUAUCGUGAGUUAUUGCUCCAGUAUUGAUUCCAAGGGUGAUGAAUUCAAAGCUCUGGUCUAUGAGUUAAUGGAAAAUGGAAAUCUGGACCUGUGGCUGCAUCCAGAGACAACUGAUAAACCAACAAGCUCAAGAAGCCUAAAUCUUUCUCAGAAGCUGAAUAUUGCAAUUGAUGUGGCUUCAACAUUGCAGUAUCUUCACAACCACUGUGUGUUGCGGAAGCUCUACCAAAUUAAGAUUGUCCAUUGUGAUCUAAAACCGAGUAAUAUUUUUCUUGACAAUGAUCUUGUUGCCCAUGUGGGUGAUUUUGGAUUGGUAAGGCUUCUCCUGAAACCCUUCAACAGAUCUUCCGAGCAAGAAGGCAGCAGUACUAUUGCUAUAAAAGGAACAAUCGGUUGCGCAGCCCCAGGCAACACAAAUUUUUAUGUUCAAGAUUUUACUUAG